CUAAAGUGCCCCAGCUCAACCAGCUUUACCAUUUUCUUUUUCUGUCUUUUCACUCACACCAAUCGGACGUGCGUACGUUCAAGACGAGGAUGGCAGCUUCAUUUGCACAGAGAACAAACGGGCCCUGCAAAAUGUUGGCUUUUGCCUUUCUUCUCAUCAUCUCACUUAUAAAUGCAGGAGUCACGGCACAGGGAGAGAACGCAACUGCGACACGUUUGACAUCACACUCAGACACACGAGGAGACAUGAUUCCACUUGGAGAUCCUGUGUCAAAGGAUGAACAAGGCCAAACCUUGGUUUUUCCUACCAUGCAGACUACAACGUCUAAACCUGCAGAAGAGGCAGGAAACAAUGAGGAAAGCAGCCCUGCAGCUCCAGAGAAGCCAGAUCAAGGUGGAACCGACUCCACAGUUACUCUGGAACCAGUGACCCCAGCACCUAUACCUGCCAGAGGUGACGGCCCCAAAAACAUACCACAGCCGGUGCCACGGGAUGAUGUCAACUGUGUCAGCAAAGAGGCGGUCAAGGACAGAAACGCUGUCAGUCUAAAACUCAAGGCCUCCUCCAACUGUAAAGACACCAAGAUGAAGAUUGAAAGUGUUCUGCAGGAGCUGUGUGGUGAAGACUGUAAGCUAGAAAUCUUCCAGGAGGACAACUCAGAUGAAAUCCUUGUCUCUGGAAAGUAUGUUGAAGGUGAUGUUGUGGGCAUGGCUAACAAGUUCAACAACGACAACAUCAAAGAUAAGACUAAUGUGAAGGAGGCCAUUCCUCGUUGGGGGAAGAACUCUAAGUUGGUACUAGUUUCCUUGCUGCUGACUGGCCUGUUACUGGCUGCACUGCUGGUGGCAGGUUAUUACCUGAAGACCCACCGCAAGAACUCCAAAGGAGUCAGACUGGCCGAAUCUUUCCAGGUGGAUGAGGAGAACCAGGCCAAUACCCUGGUGUCUGUGGCUCCCCUGCCCCAGGAGCCCCUUGACAAGCAGACUGGCGAGUCUCCACCAGAAAAUGGGACCAAUCCAGCCCCCACCACUAACGGACACUCUGCCACCCAGAAUCAAGUGGGUGACACAGAGAUGUGAAUCACGACACCCCAGACCUCCUGUUCUACCCAUCACCCACUGGGACACACUACCCACAAGCCCCACUGCUGCCUCAGAGACUGUCCACACACUGAGACAAAUUCAACAUGAAACACAAAAUACAUUCACCUCCCUUUUCCCUCUGCUCAACCUGCAUCUCUCGAGAAAAUGAUGACAACGAUCCAGCUCAUGACUAUGAUGACGAUAAUGACAAUGCCUGUAAUGUGAAAAGUUUGGAAUCACUGGCCUUUGCUUGUGUCAGGAGGAGCCUGCAUAGGCUCUGUUUGGGAUUUGGACUGUUCAGCAGGGUACUGACCUGCCCUGACUUCAGUCUAGGUGUAACACUCAUUGUAGAAUUACCAAAUAAUGCCAUAUAUGUGCUGUCAAUCCCCAACGAAGCGGAUAAUGCUCUGUUAUUUGAAUCCACAUCCACAUGUGGUGCAAUGAAACCAAUGAAGGCAGGCAGUUGAAAGGAAAUCAGUUUUGUACUGUAAAAAGGACUGACACUCACUGCUUAAUUGUUUAUUUUUUCCAAUGUGAUUCAGGAAAUGUUUGUUUUUGUAGCCUAUCUAUUUGCCUUAAACUUGUUAAAGUGUGAAACAGGCAAAAAAAAGUGAACGAAAGAGACUCAUCAAGUUUGAGUUUACUUUAAAUUUUCUCACAGAUUUGUUACAAAAAACUUACCAUGUUAGUAAAAAAAACUUAUCUUGUUAACGUUCUUCACAGAAACCAAAGAGCAGUUGAAUAGAAUUAGCAACAGGUAAGAUAGCAAGCAACAGGCAUGUUCUUUGGUUCUACUGAGGUAUUAAAUAAUUAUACCAGGCUAUUCAUAACACGGAACUGUCUGCUGACAACUAUUAGUAUUUGCAUCAAUGAUUUAGACUGAUAAGCAUAAUGAACAAAUAAUGCUUUAUAACUACUGACCUUUGGUCAAAGUUUAAAUGGGAUAGGUUGUUUUUUUAAACAAAUGUCAAUACUCUCCCUACUGUCUUUGGGAAUAGUGAGUUGGGGUGUUAAACAAAAUGCCUGCCAUGAAAUUCCUAUCCAUUCAGCAUUUGUGCUCAGCAUUCCCAAGUCUGCCUUUUCCUCCUUGUUGAUAUAAAACAUUUUUUACAUCAGGGGUACACAUUUUCUAGCUUCUCUUUUAAACAACUGGCUGCUUUCAUAAUGUGCUGCAUGUGUAAAUAAACCUGCUUUCUCUGUUAGUAGUACCUGUGCCUGACUCAUAAACUGUGAUUGUUGCCAAUAUC